AAAUAAUUAUAAUUGCAAUGGGAAACUUUAUAUAAAUUUAUUUAAAUACAAUUGUGAUUUAUUUGUGAUUUGUUUACUCUCGAUUUAUAUGAGUAGUUGAAUUUUGAACAAUAUAUUAUUUAUAACUUUGUUUUUUAAAAAUAUAAAUAAAAAUAAAUAAUCUAGUGGCUGCAAGAUGAUAAGAGUAUUUAGAUAAAGAAAAAAUAUACAUGAAUAGUAAGAAAAAAUAUAUAUAUUAGAUAAAAUAUAUACAAAUGGGUGGAGUUUAAACUGUGAUCUUUUUAUUAAAAGUAAUUAUUUAUAAAAUAAUUGAAUGUUUAAAAUUCUCAUUGAUAUGACAUUGGAGCAUAAAUUUAAUACUAAUAAUAAUAAAUAACAAUUAUUAUUAUUGAAGAUGGUGUAAUUCUGGGUAUUGAUAAUUGCUAUACGCAUAAGGUUAUAUCAGCUCUCAAGGUCUCGUUAUUAUGAAAUUCUCUUCUCUUCCAAAAUAUCUCAUAAUCAAUUUACCACGUCCAUGAGAUCUAAUUUUGGAACAAUUGCAGUCACAAUUGUGAAAUAAUUUACAAAAUAAUUAUUUUCUGCAACAAAAUAAACCGAUUGAUUUAAAACCAGAAGCUAUACGAUGGCUGAUGUAAAUGCUUCUGUUGUUAACGAGGGAGAGAUGAUGGAGAUUGCUGAUGUUGAUGAUGCUGGUAAUGAGAUCGAUGAGGAAGAAUCGGAUGGUGUUAUUGUACCAGAAUUGCAAGGCACGCUGUCUAAAUGGACUAAUUACAUUCACGGAUGGCAAACACGAUUUAUUGUAUUGAAAAACGGGACAUUGUCUUACUACAAAUCCGAACAAGACAGUGGGUUCGGCUGUAGAGGUUCCAUCAGUCUCUACAAGGCCGAUAUCAAGGCUCAUGAAUUCGACGAGUGUCGCUUUGACGUAUCAGUUAAUGAAAGUUUAGUUUGGUAUCUCCGAGCAAAUUGUCCUGAAGAAAAACAACGAUGGGUAGACGUUUUGAAAUCGUACAAAGCCGAGUCUGGUUAUAGCAGUGAAAAUAGUUUGAAACGUCAUGGCAGUACGGUAUCACUGGUAUCAAAUACACAAUCAACCGCAAGUGGUGGCAGUUUAAACAAACGUGUGUUAAGAAAUUUGAAAGAAAAACUUGCAGAGCUAGAGACAUUCAAGGAUAUAUUGAGUAAACAAAUAGAUACAUUACAAAAAUAUUUUGACAAUUGCGCUGAAAAUGCAUCAGCACCGUCUUCAUCGUCAGUAUCAUCAUCAAUUGGAACGAGAGUUGAUGAUUUCAAUGAUAUUAUUGGAAAAAAUGAUAUCGCAUUCGAUCCAGCAUUACAGUCGGUCGAUUUUAAAGGCGAAGCGAUCACAUUCAAAGCUACCAGUGAAGGUAUACUGAGUACGUUGCAACACUGUGUCGAAUUGAUGGGACAACGCGAAGACGUCUGGCGUCGUCGAUGGGAAAAAGAAAACGAGCGUAGAAAAAAAAUUCAAGAACUUUAUAAAGCUUUGAAGGAUCAGAUUAAUAUUCAUCGCGGGGAUCCCACUAGGCCUAGAGUUAUGAUCCACGGAGGCCCUGAUUAUGAAGAAGGCCCACACAGUGCGUUGUGCGAUGAAGAAUUUUAUGAUGCAGUGGAGACUGGAUUAGAUAAAAUAGAUGAAGACAAUCAAUUGAGGGAUCGUUUGAAACGGAAAUCCGUAUCGAUUUCGGUUAAUCCGACUGUCACUCCCGCAGUUAAUCAUAAACUAUGGCCAGAGAUCGAGAAAGUGACAAUGGAACAGCUGCACUACGCACGGUUGGGAGUUGGUGGCGCAGGUGGCUGGCAAUUGUUCGCUGAAGACGGCGACAUGCGAAUGUACAGGCGAGAAGAAGAAGCUGAUGGACUGGUCGUUGAUCCUUUGAAAGCGUGUCAUGUUGUCAAAGGUGUGACAGCACGCGAAGUCUGUCAGAUAUUUUUCAGUCCCGAGUAUAGAAGUGGAUGGGAGACGACCCUCGAGGACAUGACUGUCGUCGAAACAAUUUCCAAUGAUACUUUGGUAUUUCUACAGACGCACAAACGCAUUUGGCCAGCAAGUCAACGGGAUGCUUUGUUUUGGUCUCACAUUCGUAGUGUCGCGGAUACUGAAGAUCCAGAUGCUUCUGAUCUGUGGAUUGUUUGUAAUCACAGUACUGAACAUCCUCAGUAUCCACCAAAUGCCAGUAAAUGUGUACGAGUUUAUUUGACUGUUUGUAUUGUAUGUCAAACAUUUGUUGAUCCACCAAAAGAUCCAAAAAAUAUAAGCCGUAAUGAUAUUACAUGUAAAAUAACUUACUGUUCUGUGGUAAAUCCCGGUGGUUGGGCACCAGCUUCUGUACUUCGCGCAGUCUACAAACGUGAGUAUCCCAAGUUUUUAAAACGCUUUACAAGCUUUUGCAUCGAACAAUGUAAAGACAAACCUAUAUUGUUUUAAUUAACUAAUUAAUUAUAAAUA